AUGCGACUUGCCGAAACGAUUCAAGGUUAUUAUCUGAGCGACGAGAAGGAAACUUGGCAGUCUCCUAUUGUCGAACCAGUGAAUGCGGAUAGUCUUGUUAGGGAGAAUACAACUAACGUAGCCAUUUGGUUGAGAUCCCUUAUCCAGUCACUCCUACUCAAAAAGAAGACAAUGAGUUCGGGUCUAUUUGAUCGUCAAACCUCUAAACCCCAAGCACGUCCACUUCUUCAAUUCAAGGCGGGAAAGAUGACAAUGAAUGCUGAUAACCAGGUGCAGGCCGAUGCGAGAAAAGGUUAUGCCUAUCUCUACCAGACCACAGGGGAUUACAGCGUUCACUUCUGUUGGUUUGAUCGACGCACCGGUCUCAUAGAGGACAAUUUUGUUCUUGUGCCACGAGAAGCCGAGUUCAAACCUGUGCCUCAAUGUAAAACGGGUAGAGUUUAUGUACUCAAGCUCAGUGCACCUCAUAGACGCUUUUUCCUCUGGAUGCAGGAACCAAACGCCAGCAAUGAUGGCCAAAUUUGUGAAACCGUCAAUAAGUACAUCAAUACACCACCUUCGCCCUUGGUCGGCACCGCUACUACAUCUGGCCUAACUCCUGGAGGUCUCCUGGCUUCAGCUCGUUCGGGUCGAGGUAUCUCCGAUCUUUUCACUGGAAUGCGGGGUCUCUCUGGUAUGAAUCAAAAUGACCUCUUCACUCUCUUUUCUAUGGGCAUGGGGCUUGGACUCGCACCUGAUAGGGAAAGUAGUUCAGCGCAAUCACUGCCAGUUCCAACUAGUCGUGUGGCAGCGUCCAGUCGCGUUGAAACUCCAGCAGGGCAUACUGCCUCUUCUACCUCUGUUCCUACCUCAAUUGCUAAUGCUUCUUCUGCCCCUUCGGACAAGCGACCAAAACUCUGCCUUCAAGACCUGCAUUCCAUUCUCUCGAACAUCCGAACUCCUGACCAAGCGAGCAAGAAUGUGGACCUGACGCUUGGCGUCGACGUGAAGGCUCUCUCAGGAAUAAUGGAGAAAAAGCCCGAAGUUGCCGAACGCCUUGCUGCCCACCUUCCGCCAGUUGACCCUGACGAUCUACAGCCCACUCCCACCCAGGCUGUUAUAACUAAUCUCCAUGCGCCUCAGUUUCAGUCCGCUCUCAAAAAUUUUUCCGAAGCCUUUGAAUCUGGCCAGCUGGGACCAGCACUCUCUCAAUUUGGACUUGACGAAGAGGUAGUCAAAUCUUCGAGUACUGGUGAUCUUGAAUCAUUCGCGUCAGCCAUGGAGAAUUCGUUUGGUGAAAGGAAGUCAACAGAGGGUUCAUCAAGCUAUCAAAAGAAAGACGAUGCUGGUUCUGCUGACGAUUCAAAGAAAAAGGAUGAUGGAAGCGAGAAAAUGGACACUUCUUGA